AGACUUGCCUGCGAACGUGUCUGGAAAAGAUUUGAGGCAGAGACCAAAAAGCGGGCACAGCAGAGACUAACUUGGCCGUUAGAUUUUGAAACAGUUUGAGAGUGACUGCGCACAGUGGUGCAAAGUGCUAAUCCAGUUCGAUUUGUGACCACGUAAAGUUCGCGUUGUGUGUGAAAGUCCAAAAUCCAAUUAAAAAGUUUCGAUCUCAGACACAAGCUACCUUUCCAUCGAGCACAAUGCAGGCCGUGCACACAAAUGCACAGAGGAGCAAAUGGCUACUGCUGCUCUUCGCCAUGAUGCUGAAUGCGGCCGUUCAGCCGCGUGCUUUUCCUGUGAAUGCUACCGAGGAUAUUGGCAACGUGUCACCCUGUGAAAUGGAGACCAUAAUAAAUCAACUCAUGAAUCCCAGUCCGGAGUAUCAGCUACACGCUUCCGCCUUGCGCAAUCAGCUUAAGAAUCUGUUGCGCGAACGCGAGGAGCAGCAGCAGCAGGGCGACUAUGCUGACUACUUGGACGAGGACAAGCGUUCCGUAGCUGCUCUGGCAGCACAGGGACUGCUGAAUGCACCCAAGCGCAGUCUGGCCACAUUGGCCAAGAACGGACAACUGCCCACGGCCGAGCCCGGCGACGAUUAUGCUGAUGCUGAGUCUGGGGAGCCCAGCGAGCAGAAGCGUUACAUUGGCUCCCUUGCUCGUGCUGGUGGACUUAUGAGCUUUGGCAAGCGAAAUGUGGGCACCCUGGCGCGUGAUUUCCAGUUGCCCAAUGGCAAGCGCAACAUCGCCACCAUGGCCCGGCUACAGAGCGCGCCCAGCACCCAUCGGGAGCAGCCUAAGCGGAAUGUUGCCGCCGUGGCGCGCUACAACUCGCAGCAGCAUCAGAAUCAGCGCAACAGCGGCGAGAAGCGUAAUCUGGGCGCUUUGAAGUCGUCUCCAGUUCAUGGCGUGCAGCAGAAGCGUGAGGACGAGGAGAUGCUUCUGCCCGCCGUCGCUGCUCCGGACUAUGCCGACUCCAUGCAAAACUAUUGGUGGUAUCCCAGCUAUGCUGGCUAUGCCGAUCUCGAUUGGAAUGACUAUCGACGUGCCGAGAAGCGUUUCCUUGACACUUCCAAGGAUCCCGAAUUGUUUGGCAUUGAGCAUGGCAAUGAGGCAACUGAUGGCGAUGCCGCUGUCUUUGCUGAGGAGCUGGAGGAGGAUCAACAGCAGCAACUGCAGGCAAUGCCGCAGAAGCGUCACAUUGGCGCCGUCUAUCGUUCCGGCUUUCUGCCCAGUUACCGUUAUUUGCGCAGCCCCACCGGCAGCACCGCCAGCGGCUUUGGCGGUGCGGGCGGUCGCUUUAGUCGCUCGGGACGUGCCAGGCAACUUGUCGAGUACUACCCCCAACACGAGCGACUGCGUCAACCAAUCGCAGCCGUUUGUAAACGUUGUUUCCUACCCAAUCGACCGAUGAUGAACUGGAGUGGUGCUGGCAUACGCGGUAGUCUGUCCAAAUUCUAUGUGGAUCCCAUCGAAACAGCCAGAUCUUCGGCAGCAAACGCUGCACGCAUACGCAGCAUUUCCACCAACUCGCUGCCGAGUGGUCCUAUCAAAAGCCGGGUCUAUCCCUUCCAUUCGUGGGGCACACCUCCGCGUAUUACAGCAUUGCAACGGGGCGUCUAUCGACGCAACGGUGAGUCCAUGGACAAUUACGAAUACUAAACUCUAUAUAGAUAUCGCGACAAUAUAAUCCUAAAAAUAACAAUAACAAUAACAAUAACAAUAUCGUAUACAUAC